CCGCCGCCCCGGGGCUGGGGAGCGCAGUGGGGCUGUGAGUUGGGUCUGUCCCGCUGUCUGAUCACGUCCUUCUCCGUGUGUCCUUCUGCAGGCAGGCGGCCGCCCCUGAGCCGCCCUCGCCGGCGCGCUGCCCGCCGGAGCCAGCGCUCUGCCAGCUCCACUUCCACCAUGUUCCACCUGAUGAAGAAGGACAAAGAGAAGGAUGGAGCCAGGAAGGAGAAGAAGGAAAAGAAGGAGAAGAAGGAGCGGAUGUCGGCGGCUGAGCUCAAGAGCCUGGAGGAGAUGAGCAUGCGCCGGGGUUUCUUCAACCUCAACCGGGCCUCCAAGCGGGAGUCCAAGACCCGCCUGGAGAUCUCCAACCCCAUCCCCAUCAAGGUGGCCAGCGGCUCCGACCUGCACCUCACGGACAUCGACUCAGACAGCAACCGUGGCAGUGUCAUCCUGGACUCGGGGCACCUGAGCACAGCCAGCUCCAGUGACGACCUCAAGGUGGACGACGGCAACUUCAAGGGCUCGGUGCUGCAGCGGGCGGCCAAGUUCGGCUCGUUGGCCAAGCAGAACUCGCAGAUGAUCGUCAAGCGCUUCUCCUUCUCGCAGAAGAGCCGGGACGAGAGCGCCUCGGAGACGUCUACGCCCUCCGAGCACUCGGCAGCGCCCUCUCCGCAGGUGGAGGUGCGUGCGCUGGAGACACAGCUGGCCAAGCACGGGGCCUCCCUGGACCCUCCCCGGACCCCGUCGGCCGCCUUGCUGCGAGCCCGGGUGCCGGAGCUCGUCGGCAAGCGGUUCCCCGCGGACCUGCGGCUGCCCGCCGUGGUGCCUCCGCAGCCCCCCGUCCCCCGGCAGCUGGAGCUGCAGCGGCGCAACACCGGCGAUUUCGGCUUCUCCCUGCGCCGCACCACCAUGCUGGACCGGGGUCCCGACGGGCAGGUGUACCGGCGCGUGGUGCACUUCGCCGAGCCCGGCGCUGGCAGCAAAGACUUGGCGCUGGGACUGGUGCCGGGCGACCGGCUGGUGGAGAUCAACGGGCGAAACGUGGAGAGCAAGUCGCGGGACGAGAUCGUGGAGAUGAUCCGGCAGUCGGGGGAGACAGUGCAGCUGAAGGUGCAGCCCAUCCUGGAGCUGAGCGAGCUGAGCCGCUGCUGGCUGCGGGGCGGCGAGGGCACGCGCCGCGCGCCCUGGGAUGUUAAGGACGAGGACAAAUCCUUAGCCGUGAAAAGACCCGGGAAGGAGGAUGGGGCUUCAGGGAGUCCAACCGCGGCGAAAGAGGCGGCGCAAGCGCCCCGAAGCCCCGAGGCGCCGAAGAGCCCGGAGCCGCCUCCGGGGAGAGGGAAGAGCCCGGAGCCGGUGCUGAACGGCGAGAGCCCGGCGCCAGCCCCGGCGCGGGCCCAGGCCCUGAACGGCCCGGAGAGCCCCGCGGCGGGCGCCGAGGCGCCGGCGGAGGACGGCCAGGGCCUGUCCCGCCGCCGGGUGGUCCGGGUGGUCCGCAAGGUGGUCCGCAGAGUCCUGCCGGGGGAGGACGCCGGCGGUGCCAAGGAGCCGGCGAGAGACGCCAAGUCUCCCGAGCCGGCGGCGCCCCCCAAAAAGGAGGAGAAGGUCCCGCCCGGCGUCGCGGCCCCGGCGGCCCCCGGCAAGCCGGAGCCCAAGGACGAGAUCUCGGCGGGGCUCAAAACCCUCAUGGCAAAGGGCAAAACCAAAGAGCACCGGCCGCGGCGCCGGCCGGGCGACAGGAGGGAGGAGAAGUCCCCCGAGCCGGCCGGGGGCAAAGGGGCCGAGAAGCCGGGCUCCCCGCCUGCCGCGGGCAAAGCGCCGCCGGGCGCCAGAGCCGCGCCGGAGCCCGCGGUGCAGCCGUCCGCGGGCAGAGCGGAGCCGGCAAAGCCGCCCGCUCCGAAACCCACCGCCCUGGAGAGGCACAAGAAGAAGCAGCAGCAACCCGCCGAGAAGCGAGCGACCCCGGCGAAGGCGGCGCCGGGAGCGCCCCAGCAGGCUGCAGCCAGCGCCGGUUGCCGGCUGAGCCCGUCGGAGGAGGCGCAGCGCAGGCUGGAGAGGAUCUUCACAGCUUCUCUGGACCCGGCGGCCUCGGCGUCGGCACCCGGCCAGGGUCAGGCUCAGGCGGACGAUGCCCCGGCAGCCCCGCUGCGCCCGAUCCCCGCUGCAGCUCAGGCCAAGACGGAGGAGCAGAUCGCGGCCGAGGAGGCCUGGUACGAGACCGACAAGGUGUGGCUGGUGCACAAGGACGGCUUCUCCUUGGCGAGCCAGCUCCGCACGGACGAGGCCAGCCUGCUGCCCGAGGGCAAGGUGAAGGUGAAGCUGGACCACGACGGGGCCGUCCUGGAGGUGGACGAGGACGACGUGGAGAAGGCCAACCCCCCAUCCUGCGACCGCGCCGAGGACCUCGCCAGCCUCGUCUACCUCAACGAGUCCAGCGUGCUGCACACGCUGCGGCAGCGCUACGGCGGCAACCUCGUGCACACCUACGCGGGGCCCACCAUGGUCGUCGUGAACCCGCUGAGCUCCCCGUCCAUGUACUCCGAGAAGGUCAUGCACAUGUUCAAAGGGUGCCGCCGGGAGGACGUGUCGCCGCACAUCUACGCCGUGGCGCAGGCCGCCUACCGCAGCAUGCUCAUGAGCCGCCAGGACCAGGCCGUGGUGCUGCUGGGGAGCAGCGGCAGCGGCAAGACCACCAACUGCCAGCACCUCGUGCAGUACCUGGCCACCAUCGCCGGCAGCACGGGCAAGGUCUUCUCGGCGGAGAAGUGGCAGGCGCUCUACACCGUCCUGGAGGCUUUUGGCAAUAGCAGCACCAGCAUGAACGGCAACGCCACGCGCUUCUCCCAGAUCAUCUCCCUGGACUUCGACCAGGCCGGGCAGGUGGCGUCUGCCUCGGUGCAGACGCUGCUGCUCGAGAAACUCCGCGUCGCCCGGCGCCCGGCCAACGAAGCCACCUUCAACGUCUUCUACUACCUGCUGGCCUGCUCUGAUAAUGCCCUGCGGACUGAGCUUCACUUCAACCACCUGGCGGAUAACAACGUCUUCGGCAUCGUGCCGCUUUCCAAGCCAGAGGAAAAGCAGAAAGCGACACAGCAAUUCAACAAGCUCCAGGCCGCCAUGAAGGUGAUGGGCAUCUCUGGCGACGAGCAGAAGGCCUUCUGGCUUGUCCUGGGGGCUAUUUACCACCUCGGGGCUGCCGGAGCCACCAAAGCCGGGAGGAAGCAGUUUGCGCGGCACGAGUGGGCUCAGAAAGCCGCCUACCUGCUGGGCUGCAGCCUGGAGGAGCUCUCCUCCUCCGUCUUCAAGCACCAGCCCAAGGGCAGCCUGCAGAGGUCCACCUCCUUCCGCCAGGGCCCCGAGGACGCGGGCCUGGGCGACGGCACAGGUCCCAAGCUUUCGGCGCUGGAGUGCCUGGAGGGCAUGGCCGCGGGCUUGUACUCGGAGCUCUUCACCCUGCUCAUCUCGCUGCUCAACAGGGCCCUCAAGUCGAGCCAGCACUCGCUGUGCUCGGUGACGGUGGUGGACACCCCCGGCGCCCAGAACCCGGCGCUGGCGGGGCAGAGCCGCGGGGCCACCUUCGAGGAGCUGUGCCACAACUACGCCCAGGAGCGCCUGCAGCUGCUCUUCCACCAGCGCACCUUCGCCCAGGAGCUCGAGCGCUACAAGGAGGAAAACAUAGAGCUUGCACUGGCUGACACAGAGCCCACUACCCUGGGCUCUGUAGCCACUGUAGACCAGCCCUCCCACCAGGCACUGGUCCGGUCGCUGGCCCGCACGGACGAGGCCCGCGGGCUGCUGUGGCUGCUGGAGGAGGAGGCGCUGCAGCCCGGCGGCACCGAGGACACCUUGCUGGAGCGGCUCUUCUCCUACUACGGCCCCCAGGAGGGCGGCAAGACAGGGCACGACCCGCUGCUCCCCAGCGACAAGCCCCGGCACUUCUUCCUGGGCCACAGCUCGGGGACCAACUGGGUGGAGUACGACGCCACGGGCUGGCUCAACCACGUCAAGCACAACCCGGCCUCGCAGAACGCCUCCGUCCUGCUGCAGGAGUCGCAGAAGAAGAUUGUCAGCAGCCUGUUCGCGGGCCGCGCCGGCUCGGCCCUGGUGCUGUCGGGCUCCGUGGCGGGGCUGGAGGGGGGCUCGCAGCUGGCCCUGCGCCGGGCCACCAGCAUGCGCAAGACCUUCACCACCGGCGUGGCCGCCGUGAAGAAGAAGUCGCUGUGCAUCCAGAUCAAGCUGCAAGUGGACGCCCUCAUCGACAGCAUCAAGAAGUCCAAGGUGCACUUCGUGCACUGCUUCCUGCCCAAGGCGGAGGGGGCCGGCGGGGACCCCCGGGGCAUGCCGUCCCGGCGGGUCAGCGGCGGCGAGCUGGACCUGCCGGCGGAGCACUGCGAGGCCGGCCUCAUGCAGCUCGACGUGCCGCUGCUGCGCGCCCAGCUCCGCGGCUCCCGCCUGCUCGACGCCCUGCGCAUGUACCGCCAAGGUUACCCCGACCACAUGGUGUUUGCGGAGUUCAGGCGGCGCUUCGACGUCCUGGCCCCUCACCUGACAAAGAAACACGGCCGCAACUACAUCGUGGUGGACGAGAAGCGGGCGGUGGAAGAGCUCCUGGAGUCGCUGGACUUGGAGAAGAGCAGCUACCACAUGGGCUUGAGCCGGGUGUUUUUCCGGGCAGGGUGCCUGGCCAGGUUGGAGGAGCAGCGGGACGAGCAGACAAGCAAGAACAUCACGCUGUUCCAGGCGGCGUGCAGGGGUUUCCUGGCGCGGCAGCUCUUCAAGAAGAGGAAGAUCCAGGACCUGGCCAUCCGCUGCGUGCAGAAGAACAUCAAGAAGAACAAGGGGGUGAAGGGCUGGCCCUGGUGGAAGCUGUUCACCACCGUGCGGCCCCUCAUCGAGGUGCAGCUGACCGAAGACCAGAUCCGCGGCAAAGACGAAGAGAUCCAGCAGCUCAAGGGCAAACUCGAGAAGGUGGAGAAGGAGCGCAACGAGCUCCGGCUGCACAGCGACCGCCUGGAGAGCAGGAUCACGGAGCUGACGUCGGAGCUGACGGACGAGCGAAACACCGGCGAGUCGGCCUCGCAGCUGCUGGACGCCGAGACGGCCGAGAGGCUCCGCGCCGAGAAGGAGAUGAAGGACCUGCAGGCCAAGUAUGACGCUCUGAAGAAGCAGAUGGAGUCCAUGGAGAUGGAGGUGAUGGAGGCCCGGCUUAUCCGGGCGGCCGAGCUCAACGGAGAGCUCGACGAUGACGAUUCAGGCGGCGAGUGGCGGCUGAAAUACGAGCGGGCCGUGCGGGAGAUCGACUUCACCAAGAAGCGGCUGCAGCAGGAGCUGGAGGACAAGCUGGAGCUGGAGCAGCAGGGCAAGAGGCAGCUGGAGAGGAGGCUGGCCGACCUGCAGGCCGACAGCGACGAGGGCCAGCGGGCCCUGCAGCAGCUGAAGAAGAAGUGCCAGCGCCUGGCGUCGGAGCUGCAGGACACCAAGCUGCACCUCGAGGGCCAGCAGGGACGCAACCACGACCUGGAGAAGAAGCAGCGGAGGUUCGACAGCGAGCUCUCGCAGGCCCACGAGGAAACGCAGCGGGAGAGGCUGCAGCGGGAGAAGCUGAGCCGCGAGAAGGACGUGCUGGUGGCCGAAGCCUUCGGCCUCAAGCAGCUGCUGGAGGACAGGGACGCGGACAUCGCCGGCCUGACGCAGAAGGUGGAGGCGCUGGAGGCCGAGCUGCAGGACAUCUCGUCGCAGGAGUCCAAGGACGAGGCCUCCCUCGCCAAGGUGAAGAAGCAGCUGCGGGACCUGGAGGCGAAGGUCAAGGACCAGGAGGAGGAGCUGGACGAGCAAGCCGGCACCAUCCAGAUGCUGGAGCAGGCCAAGCUGCGGCUGGAGAUGGAGAUGGAGCGGCUGCGGCAGACCCACGCCAAGGAGGUGGAGAGCCGCGACGAGGAGGUGGAGGAGAUACGGCAGUCGUGCCAGAAGAAGCUGAAGCAGAUGGAGGUGCAGCUGGAGGAGGAGUACGAAGACAAGCAGAAGGUGCUGAGGGAGAAGCGGGAGCUGGAGAGCAAGUUAUCCGCCGUCAGCGACCAGGUCAACCAGCGGGACUUUGAGACGGAGAAGCGCCUGCGCAGGGACCUGAAGAGGACCAAGGCGCUGCUGGCCGAUGCUCAGAUCAUGCUCGACCACCUGAAGAACAACGCGCCCAGCAAGAGGGAGAUCGCCCAGCUCAAGAACCAGCUCGAGGAGUCGGAGUUCACCUGCGCAGCCGCCGUCAAAGCCCGCAAGUCCAUGGAGGUGGAAAUCGAAGACCUCCACUUGCAGAUCGACGACCUCUCCAAGGCCAAAGCAGCCCUGGAAGAGCAGCUGAGCCGGCUGCAGCGGGAGAAGAACGAGGUGCAGAGUCGCCUGGAGGAGGACCAGGAGGACAUGAAUGAGCUGAUGAAGAAGCACAAGGCGGCCGUGGCCCAGGCUUCCCGGGACCUGGCGCAGAUGAACGACCUCCAGGCGCAGCUGGAGGAGGUCAACAAAGAGAAGCAGGAGCUGCAGGAGAAGCUGCAAGGGCUGCAGAGCCAGCUGGAGUUCCUCGAGCAGUCCAUGGUGGACAAGUCCUUGGUGAGCCGGCAGGAGGCCAAGAUCCGCGAGCUGGAGACGAGGCUGGAGUUCGAGCGGACGCAAGUCAAGCGGCUGGAGAGCCUGGCCACGCGCCUCAAGGAGAACCUGGAGAAGCUGACGGAGGAGCGGGACCAGCGGGCGGCCGCCGAGAGCCGCGAGAAGGAGCAGAACAAGCGGCUGCAGCGGCAGCUCCGCGACGUCAAGGAGGAGAUGGGCGAGCUGGCCAAGAAGGAGGCGGAGGCCAGCCGCAAGAAGCACGAGCUGGAGAUGGACCUGGAGAGCUUGGAGGCCGCCAACCAGAGCCUGCAGUCGGACCUGAAGCUGGCCUUCAAGCGCAUCGGGGACCUGCAGGCUGCCAUCGAGGACGAGAUGGAGAGCGACAGCAACGAGGACCUCAUCAACAGUUUGCAGGACAUGGUGACAAAAUAUCAGAAAAGAAAGAAUAAACUCGACGGCGACUCGGACGCCGACUCGGAGCUGGAGGAGCGGGUGGAUGGGGUGAAGUCGUGGCUCUCCAAGAGCAAAGGCUCCUCCAAAGCGGUCUCGGACGACGGCAGCCCGAAGAGCGGCAGGGACGGGAAGGACGGCGGCGAGGCCGAGGAGCGGCCGGCGUCGGCGGCGAGCUGCCUCAGCUACCGCAAGCGCGGCGGCCUCAAGGACUCCAUCGGCGGCCGCGGGGACGAGCGGACGCUCUUCUCCGCGCUGGGCGAGCGGCCGGCGUCGCCCGAGCGGCCGCGGCGCGGCGCCCGGCGGGAGGCCGAGCCCGGCGACCGGGCGUCCGCCGUGGCGCGGGCGUUCGCCGAGGCCAGCAGCCGGGCUCGCGAGGGGCUGCAGAAGCGCUGGUCCCUCUCGGCCAGCGACGUGGGCAAAGCCUCCGCCCUGUCCGCCCCGGUGAGCCGGGCGUCCUCGGCCUCGUGGCGCGGCCCGGACGACGACGGCGGCGACGACGACGGCGGCGGCUCGACGCUGAGCUUCGCCCUCUCCAGCCCGGGCAGCUUGCGGAGCCGCCGCGCCGACUCGCGGCUCUCGCUGGCCCGGAGCCGCCUGGACGAGGCGGACGACGGCGGCGGCGCCCGCUCGCCCUGCAGCCCGCCGCCGCUGGGGCGCAGCUUCUCCGUGCCGCCGCGGCCGCGCAGCGCCGCAGCCGCCGGCCGCCCCGCCGCCGGGCCCCGCUCCUACCUCGACCCCGACCUGGAGGCCGCCAUCGAGGAGGUGCUCAGCUACCGGCCCCUCGGGGCGGCGCGCUCCUGCCCCGGCUCCGAGGAGGAAGAGGAGGAGGAGGAGGACGGCAGGAGCGUGCGGAGCGCCCGCAGCGCCGUCCUGCCGCGCACCACCGACCGCCCCGACGGCGGCCUCCGCCGCUCCGCCUCCGCCCUCGACUUCUGCCGGCCGCCCCGCGGCAAGGGCCGGCACGGGGGCAGCUCCGCGGAGUCCUCCGAGGAAGAGGGGCGGAAGAGGAAGAGCUCCAAGAAGCGUGCCAAGAAGGCCAAGAAGAAAGGCAAGAAGAAGAAGAAGCAGCCGUCGGAAUCGGAGUCCUCCUCCGAGUCCUCCUCCGAAUCGUCGUCCGAGUCCUCCUCCGGCUCCACCAUCUCCUACCGGAGCAACUCCAGCGUCAAGAAGGGCCCCGGGAAGCCGGGCCCGGCCGCGGGAGCGGGGCGCUCCGGCCAGGAGAAGAAGGAGGAGAAGAAGCGGAAGAAGCAGGUCGACAGCCUGAUGAUGAAGUACCUGUACCGGCCCGAGAGCGACUGAGGCAGGAGCCCGCCGGGCUCCCGCAGAGCCUUCGCCUGCGACAGAUGGGACGAGGAGCAGGACGCCUUGGGAAGCGCGCGCAGGUCCAAGCGCUCCU